CUUUACGCACGGACCGUGUCCAGUGUCUCCGUCUCCUCUGGAAGGAAAAGCCGCCACUUUUCAUUUUUUGGGGGGGUUUGUGCGCAUUCCGGUCCACAGAUAUAUCCGCGUCCACAGAGUGAGUCUUCUGUGAGAGCCGGGCCCGUUGUCUGCAUGCAGGGAAUGACGACUCAUUUCAAGACGAGCAAAGCUUUAAAGGUCAAGAAGGAGGCGGGUGAGAAUGACCCGACGCUCAGCGAUGACGAGCUGGUGGUCAUGUCCGUGCGGGAGCUCAACCAGCACCUGCGUGGGCUGACCAAGGAGGACGUGGUGCGGUUGAAGCAGCGGCGGCGGACCCUGAAGAACCGGGGCUACGCUGCCAGCUGCCGCAUCAAACGGGUCUCCCAGAAGGAGGAGCUGGAGCGGCAGAAGAUCGACCUGCAGCAGGAGGUGGACAAGCUGGCCCGGGAGAACGCCAGCAUGAGGAUGGAGCUGGACGCCCUGCGAUCCAAGUACGAGGCGCUGCAGUGUUUCGCCCGGACUGUGACCCGCGGGCCCCUCUCGCCAGGCAAGGUGGCCAACACCAGCGUCAUCACCAUGGUCAAGUCGGCCAACAGGCUCAACAACUCCAGCCCGACCCCGUUCUCCAGUCUGUCCUAGUGUCGACAGGACUGGGCUCUCCUCGUCCUGCCUGGUCCUGCCCGGCUCCGACCCCCCCCCCCCGGCUGCACCCCCGCUCAUCCUGCACUGAGAGGACGCUCAGUAGUUAGACUGAGGGAUGGGACGGGGGGGGUGGCA